AUGAAAUGAUGACCCGACCCGACCCUUUUCACAUGAUUCUAAAACCCGCUUUAAACCUCCCCCUCUCUCUCUCUCUCUCCAAUUCCUCUCCUCUCUCGCCACCUCCGACGGCCGCAGAUUAACAGAGCGUUUGAAGGAACGAAAUCAUGUUAAAACGGGGGAAAUCAUCGGUUUUAACUGUCGCUGAGAAAUGCAAGACUGUAUUGGCUUCCAAUUGGCAGGGUAAGCUCAAUACCGUCAAAGCCGAUUCCCACGAUAGCAAGGAGGAGAUUUACACUUCAAGAGUGAAGUAUUUUGUGAGGAAAGGAAGGCCGUAUAUUUGGGUGCCUGAGAAGGAGCUGCAUAAUGUGAAUACUAUUAUUGAUGAACGUGGCUCGUUUGCUGUGAGUAGCCCCUUUCCAGGGCCACUUGCGAGCAUACUGAAAUCAAUUAAAAAGCUUCCAGCUCGGGUUGCUCUAAUUGGUGAUGCUGUCCUCGUUGAAGAGGAAAAGGCUAAGUUAGCAGCUGAAUACCUUAAGAAAAUCCUGUUAGCAGACCAGAAGGCUGUUGAGGAGUUAAGCUAUUCAGUUUCUGAAAUAUUGAACUCAUCUCAUCUUGGUUCUACUUCCCGAAUUGCAAAUCUCCAGGAAUUAUUCCAAGGUGAUACACAAUACAAUCUGUACAAGUUCAACGUAAGGUCGUGCAUGUAUGUUGACACCAAUGCGAAAGUUCAUGAAGUAAGUCUUGAAGAUAUUGAAAAGUCGAAGGCAGAUUGUUUAGCUCAAUUUUCGAUGAGCCUCAUUGAUGGAAUUAAUCGAAGUGAGACAAGGCGUCGAGCUCUUAUUCUUUUCUGCAUCACUUUCCUAAAUGAAAAUGCGAAGGACGCUUUUAUUCUAUCAGUAGAUAUGAAGGGUAUCGAUGUGCUCGCCAAGGUUAUUGGUUCUGUGAGGGAUGACGGGUCUCGUGAAUAUCAGUGGAAGGAGUUGAGAUUCGCAUUCAAAGAUGCGGCAUCUGAUGCUGAGACAUUCUGUCAACGGCUGCUUGAAAUGGAAGAGGAAGCCCUGAAGAAAAUCUCAAGCGUCGCUGGUAUAUGAGCAUACAAGCAUGCGAAUGCUAAUAUGAUUUUUGAUCUAGAAUGAAAGUAGAAGCAAAAGGAGUCAUGAAUCAUGAUUUUGUUCGUCCCACCGGUGAAGAUGGGGGCCCGACGAGCUUAUUCAACCGGUUGCAUCAACAACUUCUUGAGAGGUGAGAUGUGUAUAUUUGUCUAUCUGUUGAAUUUGCACCAGUUCUUUCUGAACAUUUUAAUACAGUGAUGAAUUUCGAAAGGAAGAACUGAAGAGUAAAGAAAACUUGUGAAUUAUUGUGGUCACAAAGAAAAAU